GAAUUCCUAUACAAAAGCAGCACGAAGAUUGCAACAUGUAUCUCUCACUCUCUCUCUCUCUCUGAUUUUGUGUGCUGAUUAGACAUGGCUGCUUCCCAGUUAUUGAAACAAAAGAAAAUUUCAAGAGAAACUAACAAUAAGAAAUUAGUGCCAAUACAGAAGAAAGCAGAUGUAGAUGAAUCCGAUGAGAGUAAUAACGCGUCCGCGGCAUCAUCAUCACCAUAUAGGUUUCUUUAUCGAAUUCCAGCUGCAUUUCUCCUACUAAUGAUUUUAUUUGCUUGGUCUUCGUCGACAACGGUAAUAUCAGGUUCUUAUGCGCAUGUCUGUAUCUCUUCAAGGAAACUAAGUAAUCUUUAUUGUCUCUCUGCCGGAACUUCUGGAAAUAAUGAAGCAGUCAGAUUUCCAGGCUUCGGUGAAGAAAAUCACAAUGAUAAUGCUACUAAUAAUAGCAGUGGCGGCGGAGUUCCAGUGAGUACUACUACCAUUAUGUUAAAUACUACUCAUGUUGUGGAGGAGAUUCCUUACAAUCAUGCUGAGCCAGUAUACGUAGCACAAAAUAUCGUCAAAGAAACUAAUGAUCAAAAUAGUGCAAAUAGUACUGCUGCUGCUACCACUACUACUAUAAGGGAUGCUAAUGCUACUAGUAAUAGUACUAGUAUGUUUAUUAAUACAUACAUCUAUAACAAAGACGACGAAGACUUGAUGACUGCUGCUCAGGCAGUUGAAGAACAAUUACAAGUACUUCGUUCGUGGAGAUCUAACUCAUCAAAUUCCAGCAGUAGUGGAACAUGUGACGGGAGAGGGAUAUUUGUGUAUGAUUUACCGUCUAAAUUCAACAAGGAUUUGAUGAAUGAUGAUUGCAGCAAUAUGGUGCCUUGGAUGAAUUUUUGCGAAUAUUUCACAAAUGAAGCCAUGGGUGAACCAAUUUUAAAACUUGGUAAGGGUUGGUAUCGAACUCAUCAGUAUUCGCUUGAACCUAUCUUCCAUGCAAGGGUAUUAAGACAUCCCUGUAGGGUAUAUAAUGUGAAUGAAGCUAAGCUUUUCUAUGUCCCUUACUAUGGUGGGUUGGAUAUAUUGCGAUGGCAUUUCAAAAACUCAACUGUCAAUGUAAAAGAUAUGUUGAGUUUGGAACUCAUGAAAUGGCUUCAACUGCAACAACCUUGGGUUAGAAAUUCCGGCAAGGAUCACCUAUUCGUUCUAGGUAAGAUUUCAUGGGAUUUUAGGCGACGCGAUGGGGAGCCAUGGGGGACUAGGUUUUUAGAACUAGAUCAAAUGCAGAUUCCGUUAAAACUCUUGAUUGAGAGACAACCAUGGCAUGUUAAUGACAUUGGUGUUCCCCAUCCGACUCAUUUUCACCCUCAUUCCGAUAGCGAUAUUGUGGAAUGGCAAUCAAAGAUAAGCCAGUCGGAUCGCAGAAGUCUUAUCAGUUUCGCAGGAGCGGCUAGACCUGGAGCACCAGACAACAUAAGAUCAACGUUGAUCAAACAAUGUACUUUUGUGGCUGAUGAAGGGAUAUGCCGAUUUCAUAAUUGUGUCUCAGGUGGAUGUGAUCAACCCGAGUCCCUUAUUGAAUUAUUCAUGGAAUCAGAAUUCUGUCUACAACCACCUGGAGAUAGUCCGACUAGGAAAUCCGUGUUCGAUUCACUAAUAUCUGGUUGUAUUCCGGUUCUCUUUGAUCCUUUCACAGCAUAUUAUCAGUACCCGUGGCACUUGCCAGAAGAUCAUCGUCGAUAUUCGGUGUAUAUUGCCAAAGAAGAGGUGAGAGAUCUGAAGGUAAACGUGGUGGAAAGAUUGAUGAAGGUGUCACUGAAAGAAAGAAAAGAAAUGAGAAGAUACAUAAUACACGAGUUGAUGCCAAGGCUGGUUUAUGGAGAACCAAAUUCAGAACUUCAUAAGUUUGAGGAUGCUUUCAGUGUGUCAAUCAACAAUGUGCUUGAUCGGGUUGUUAAAUUGGAUUCACCAUUGUGAAUUGGUCGACAUACUUCUUUUUUUCUUUCUAUUCGUUAGUGUUGUUUUUCUAAGUUAUUUGUAUCCGAAGGAUUAAAAUCUACAGGUGAAAAGAAAAUAUGCUGCUAGCCUGCUACUGUAAAUGUUACUGGAAAGAUGAUCAAUUGUACACAUGAAAAGCA